AUGGGUUCCGCUGCUUCAAAGCCUGCUAAGUCAGCAGCCGGCGCAGCCUCACGGCGCCAAUACCCCAAGCAGCCGGCUCCUCCACCGAGGGGGCCGCGCAAAGCUCCAAAAGAAACCAAAGCAUCGCCUGCACAUACACCUACUCCCGUAGCCAAGCCCAAGGCUAGUCCCUCGCCUCCUCAGGCACAUACACCUCCCUCUCAAGGUCCAAAAUAUCAUUCAAAGGAGAAAGCAUCUAGCGUGAAGUCUGAUGCCAUUGACAUGGACGGUCGAGACCCCGACUUUGCCGCCUCUCUCCGGUCAAUAGGUCCCGUCAACCCAUCACCUACAUUCUCAAACUCAAGCACCUUCAACCGCCCCGGCUCAAUGCAAACUGUCUUUCCACAGGCCUCUAACCCGGCACUUCUAGUUGUCACUGCUCGACAACGUCUUACAGAGGCCGCAGAAAGAGAAGCUGAGCACUUCGGUCGUGCGGGUCACCCGGGAAGAUCAUUCAUGGAUGCCCUGACUAUCCAACAGGUGUUGACGAUGCGGGAUAAGCAGGGUAUGCGCCGUGGAGAUAUUGAGCGGUUCCUCGGUUUGAAAAAGGGGGUCUUGGAGCAGUUAGGGAAAGAUGAGAUUGUAUCGCGUAUCAUAUGA